AUGGACUCCCACAGGUUGCAGCUUGCCGACUCAGCAGCUGAUGCCAGAAGACUGUUUUCAAACUUGGACUUUACCAGACAGCAAAUCGAGGAUUUUGAGCGAUUGGUGGCGAGGUUGCGCGAGGCCAGAAGUGUGUACAGCAAAGUGGAGCUUGAGAUGGCAAAGGCGUCGAGGGAAGGCAAUGCCGAUCUGGAAACGCAAGAGUCUGAUCGAGUGCGUGCUGCUGACCUCUCAGAGAAAGUGAGGAGGGCAAGUCGCAGAAAGCAAGAUCUGCAGGGAAAGCAACAGUUGCUCUUGGCACAGCAUCGCCAGGCUGAACAAGACAGAAACUACGCUCGCAAGGCCCUUGAUGAUGCUUGCAAAAAGCUUCUGGACAUUCAGGCUCAUCGCCUCCAAGUUUGCCAAGAACGCCACAAAGCAGCACAGGAGGCUUUAAAGCUUGCCAAAGACUGUGGCUUGGGGCCUUCAGUGCUAAAGGAGCUUUGCCGAUUCUCGGCAGAGAGCAGCUUGCGGAAAUCUGAUCGCAAGGAUCUGAAGCGAUCACAAAGUGGGGUCCCUUUAGGUCAGCCUUCGUGGCAGCCAUCGCCAGGCGAAGGCCCUGCUGAAAAUGGUUGGGCUCUCUUUGGCGCAGGUCGUGAUGCAGCUGCUGAGAUUGUGGUCAGUGCAGUGAAAGGUUGAUGCA